AUGCACCUCCUGCAUCUCCAGCAGCAAUUCUGUCGGGGCAAAGACUUUGCUGUGAUUGGGGGCUCUUCAGCAACGAACUUUCUUGAUGCUUCCCGAAAGCAUGCAUUCAUGGGCGCUUACUUCCUGCCGGGGCUGAUUACAGAGAGCAGAGACAGAAAGCAGAAGGAGGCGGCUGCAGCCUUUGUAGUCGGGGAGGAAUGCGGAAAUGUUGAAGCACUAUGUCAAACUUUUUUGAAACGGGGUCAAGUCACAUUCAGCCAGCGUGGGAAAGCAAGGGAAAAAAAAAAAAAAGUUGAGGAGAGGGAAGAAAAAAAAAAAAAAAAAAAAGGCAGCAAGCUGCUGCUGCUCCCAGGCAGAACAGAGGCCGGGGGAGCGAGCGAGGAGCGGCAGCGCACCGCCGGGGCAGCGGCGGAGCGGCGGCGGCGCCGAGGGCCGGUGCCCGAGCCCCGCACCGCAGGCUGCGGCCGGCGGGGCUGCGAUCGUGGCGCUGCAGCUCCCCGGGGGCCGCCGGCCGCGAUUUUUAUUUCGCGUUUUCCUUUUCCCCGGGCAGGGUGGGGGCGGGAGGAGCGGGCUGGGGGACGAGUGCGAGCUCCUUCUGCGCCAAGGUGCAGCCCGGCGGCGGCAGGAGGAUGCGAGCCGAGGGCGGCCGAGCCGCGGAUCAGCUACCUGUGUGGCCCGGGCGGCCGCUGCCGGGACCUGCCGGAGACAUCGCCAUGUGAAGGGGCAGACCCCGGGCCGGCUCUCCACCCCGCCUCGCUCAAUGGGAGAUUUGUUUGGCUUUACACAGGCAAUGCUCCCAAAGACUGUAUGAUAAUUCCUGGUGGCCGAAAGAGGAGGCACAUUGUGGCCAGUACAGAAAAGGAACAAGAACAGGAGGGCAAGAGCUUCCUACUGCCUCUCUGGCAUAGGUAUCAAGUGCCUGUCUGCACCCAAGCAAAGUACUGGUUUUCAGAAAGUGACUGA